GUGGGUCGUGUGCGUGCGAGGGGGGCGACGUAAGGGCGCUCCGCGAGCCCGUCUCUCCUCGAAUGAAAGGAAACAACCUCCGGCGACAGAGCCCCGCUCUCAGGCACUGCUGGAGAACCGAGACCGACUUCUUUCUCUUUACCCUCAUUGGCGCUUCUCUCCUGCAGUCCGCCUCUGGGCCCUGCCGCAUUUCUUGAGGCUUAAAGUGGCAUUCUAAAGGCAAUUUAAAAAUCAUGUCAAGCUCUGUUGAACAGAAAAAAGGGCCUACAAGACAGCGCAAAUGUGGCUUUUGUAAGUCAAAUAGAGACAAGGAAUGUGGACAGUUACUAAUAUCUGAAAACCAGAAGGUGGCAGCGCACCAUAAGUGCAUGCUCUUUUCAUCUGCUUUGGUAUCAUCACACUCUGAUAAUGAAAGUCUUGGUGGAUUUUCUAUUGAAGAUGUCCAAAAGGAAAUUAAAAGAGGCACGAAGCUGAUGUGUUCUUUGUGCCAUUGUCCUGGAGCAACAAUUGGUUGUGAUGUGAAAACAUGUCACAGGACAUACCACUACCACUGUGCAUUGCAUGAUAAAGCUCAAAUACGAGAGAAACCUUCACAAGGAAUUUACAUGGUCUAUUGCCGAAAACACAAGAAAACUGCACAUAACUCCGAAGCUGAUUUAGAAGAAAGUUUUAAUGAACAUGAACUGGAGCCCUCAUCACCUAAAAGUAAAAAGAAAAGUCGCAAAGGAAGGCCAAGAAAAACUAAUUUUAAAGGGCUGUCAGAAGAUACCAGGUCCACAUCCUCCCAUGGAACAGAUGAAAUGGAAAGUAGUUCCUAUAGAGAUAGAUCUCCACACAGAAGCAGCCCUAGUGACACCAGGCCUAAAUGUGGAUUUUGCCAUGUAGGGGAGGAAGAAAAUGAAGCACGAGGAAAACUGCAUAUAUUUAAUGCCAAGAAGGCAGCUGCCCAUUAUAAGUGCAUGUUGUUUUCUUCUGGCACAGUCCAGCUCACAACAACAUCAAGAGCAGAAUUUGGAGACUUUGAUAUUAAAACUGUACUUCAGGAGAUUAAACGAGGAAAAAGAAUGAAAUGUACACUUUGCAGUCAGCCUGGUGCUACUAUUGGAUGUGAAAUAAAAGCCUGUGUUAAGACUUACCAUUACCACUGUGGAGUACAAGACAAAGCUAAAUACAUUGAAAAUAUGUCACGAGGAAUUUACAAACUAUACUGUAAAAAUCAUAGUGGAAAUGAUGAGAGAGAUGAAGAAGAUGAGGAACGAGAGAGUAAAAGCCGAGGAAAAGUAGAAAUUGAUCAGCAACAACUAACUCAGCAGCAACUUAAUGGAAACUAGGUUCAUGGGACAGAGUUAGAAAACUGGGAAUGAAUAAGACAUCCAUAACUACUAUUCUUUUUUCACUGUUUUCUAAAAUCAAAAAGGGUUUGUAACUUUUUACUGCCCAACUCUUAGAUCCUUCAUUGAACUGCCUAAAAAUGUCUUGUUUGUUUUAUGAGCCUUCACUAGAAGGCUGAGUUUGACAUGUUGAUAUUACGUAGCUAUAGUUUGCAGUUUCUGGGAAGCAAUUGAAACACUAUUAACCCUGUGUAUAGUGUCAACAGUUAAAGCAGACAAAACGAAGUAAGCUAUAUUUCUGGACUGAACAAAGUUCUGCUGUUUAGAGCAUUUAAGUUUGUUUAGUGGAUCCAUACUCAAAGGAAAGCAUAAGCAAAUUUUCCUUUAUAAUGCAAACAUGCCACUGGUGGCAGCACAUGGUAAUUUGUGGAUUUUUUUUUUCAUACUCAAGUAAUGGAGGCUAGAAAUGAAGAGAACCUUCUUUUUCUCUUGACUUUGACAGCACAUGCUAAAAAUCUCUUCCAAGAAGUACGCUAAAGCUUUUCAUUUGGUUCCUGUUAAAGUUGUUCUCACUGACCAGCAUGGACUCAGGCAACUGGUAAUUAUAAGCUAUGAGCUCCAGUGCUUUUGCCAAAAUUCUCUUGACAGCACACCUCCUCUCUUUCCAUGUUAUACAAAGGACUUCUGGCAAAAUGAUUGAGUCCUUCAAGUUUAAACUAACAUUUGGCAACAGCAAAUUAAACGUUUUUAAGAUGUAAAGAAAGGGUUACCGCUUGCUAAGGACUUCAUACACCAUGUCCGAAACCUGUUCCUCUCAAGUGCCCUGUUGUGUGGAACACUUCACAUAUUGGCGCAAAGUAUGUAAGGAGGUCUCGUGCUGUAGGAGUAAAAAAGUCUUUGCAUAAAACAGUAUUUAUUUUUACUUUUGUGACCACUAUUUUAGAAACUUUAUUUAAUAUUUUAAUGUUUUCAGUCAUUGCUUUGGUUAUCUAUAAAAUAGGCUUUUGUGCCCUACUUUUCUUCUUGUAGGGCUUGGUGGUGUUUUAUCAAUUGUCAGAAUUGCUUUUUGAAAGCCUAAGAACCCAGCUUUUUAGACAGGAUUUUCACACUGGCAUUUCUAGGUAGUGAUAUUUUCUUCCACUUACCUGCUGAAGCACAUUUAUGCAUUUCUUUAUGGCAAAACCAAAUAACUUUAGUUGUGGUCUGCCUGAUACUACCAUAGCACCUCAGUACCAAGGGGAGGGAUUUUGACUAGUUGAAUUACUAAGCCACCACAAUAAAGCAGAUUUUUAAAUAAGAAAUAAUAAUGUUAACUUGACUAUACUUUGAGAUAUUCUGCAGCUGAUAGAGCAGCAUUUUAAAAAUGUAACAGGUGGAAAAUUACACUGUGCUUAAUGACUGAUUUUUUUUUUUAAACUGUGAGUCCCUUAAGGUCACGUUUGUCAAGUGUGUAUUCACACAUUUACUUAAAUCAAGGGACUCAAUGCUUGCUUUUAUUUUAACCAUCUUUUACUAUUUUUAGAAGGAAACUAGCUUUAGUAGUGGGUUGCCCUAUAUGUUUUCUCUUUUUGCUCUUAAUAUGCCAUUGGGUUUUUGUGUGUAUGUGAUUUUCAAAAUUCAUGACUUGAAGUGCAAGGACAGAUCUAGGUGUUUGUUUACCAAGCUAUGUGACUUCUCCCAAAGGAUCUGUACUUUCUUUCCUUACAACAGCUUGAAAAUCAUUAUUUUAAAAUCCUUAAAUCACUGUGUCUAGAUCAUUUUUUACAUUGUGUGCCAUAGACUUACCCAUGGGACAACAGAGCUCCUUCAUUUUUGGACAACUACUGUAAUCAUUUUUUUUUUUUUUUAGGAAAAAUGGAAGGUGCCAGGGGUAAUCAUGGUCAGUCAAUAAUUAUAUAAAGGAGUUCAAAUACUAUAGCUGUCAGUUGAUGAAUUUGUUAUGUAGUAAAAUGUAUGACUUUGUAUGGGUUUCUUCAGCCCUUUUUCUGCCACUAGCAACCAGAAUAGCACUUUACCUUUUGGUUGGCUAGAUAAGUGGCUGACUACCUGUUUUUCUCACUGUGGUGUGAUUGGCUAAACAAUCUUGCAUUAAAAAUUCAAAUGUAAAUUGAAUUCACAUGAAAAAUCAUGUUUGGUUGUAAACCUCCAAUGUUUUGAUUCUCUAAUCAUGUUUUCGUCACAUGCUGAGUAAAAGUGCCUUACAAUGUAAAAAUUGUACAGUACUUAUGUUCCCAAGUAGCAUCAUCAUCUUCUGGGUAGUAAUUACAUUGUGGUAUUAAUAUUUAGAAAAAUGGACCUCAGCAGUGUAUUUACUGUACAUCUCUUAAGUCCUUAACUGUAGUUUUAAUAAGCAUGACAUUAUUUGAUAAGUAUAUAACAUUUACAUCAUUUCAAAAAAUACUGCCGUUACUGUCUUUUAUGCAUAUUUUAGCCUGAAAUUUUGAAGCGUCUUUUUCCUUUUUUCUUUUUUUGUUUUGUUUUUUGUUAUUGAUAUUAAACAGUGUAAUCUUUGCAAGCGUAUAUUGAAGAUUAUUCUGGAGCAUUUAUUGCCUUACCAGAAAUGUUAGUAGGAAAUGUUCUUUAGAGUAGAAAGAUAGACUUGAGUUUCUAUACUUUUAAUAAGAGCUCUUUGUUCCUGGGGGAGGGGGGCAGGGGGUGAAUUUUACUUUCAUCUCAAGUUAUUAAAAACCCACAACUGAAGUAAAUUUUAUUUCAAGGAUCAGCAGUUUUAGAAUUUCAGAUAGUACUUGCUCAGAAGUACAUGCUACUCAAGAUAUUAAGAGAUAACAAGAUCUGUAGAUCUGCUAUUGAAUCAGAAUCUGUGUACUUGAACAAACGUGUGAAUCUCAAAUAUCUCAAAGCAAAAGAAAAAGUGUUCUAGAGUGUUGUUGCUUUUUUAAAAAAGCGCUGAAGUUAGACCAAGGUAUACAGUUUUGUUCUAACAGACAUUUAGGUUAAUUGUAAAGAUAAGGAAUGCAUUAUGGGUCAAAAAUCAAACAUUCCUCUCAUGUUAUGUAUAUUUUGUUCCUGUUAUAUUGGCUUUAUUUUCAAAAUUGUAGUUUGUAGUAUUAGUUUUCUUUUAUUGGUAUUCUUGCAUAUACUAUUCAUUCAAUAAAUGACUUAUGACUUUCA